AUGGCUGCCCAGACUAGUGAGAAGCUAGAGAAGCUUGACCUAAACGGUCAAAAUGGCGACUCCGCCGCGGUCCCAGCGAAAGCGGCCCAAGCGGAAGCCGGAGAGGCGGAGGACGACUCGGACGACGAUGCAGAUGAUGCCAACGCAGGUGCUGAGGGUGCCGCCGACGGAGCCGCCAAGAAGAAGAAGAAGAAGCGCAAGUCAAAGAAGAAGAAGAAGGGAGGCGCCAAAGUACAGAGCUCUCCUCCUCGUGUCCCUGUGUCGAACCUAUUUCCGAACGGCCAGUACCCUGAGGGCGAGAUUGUUGAGUACCUGAACGAGAACUCGUUCCGCACAACCAACGAAGAGAAGCGCUACCUCGACCGCAUGAACAAUGACUUCCUGCAGGAGUACCGCCAGGGUGCCGAGGUCCACCGCCAGGUCCGCCAGUAUGCGCAGAAGAACAUCAAACCUGGCCAGACGUUGACGGAAAUCGCGGAGGGCAUUGAGGACUCCGUCCGUGCUUUGACUGGCCACCAGGGUCUUGAGGAGGGUGAUAACAUCAAGGGUGGUAUGGGUUUCCCUUGUGGUCUGAGUAUCAACCACUGUGCCGCCCACUACACCCCGAAUGCAGGCAACAAGAUGGUGUUGCAGCAGGGUGAUGUGAUGAAGGUCGACUUCGGAGCGCACAUCAACGGUCGUAUUGUCGACAGUGCGUUUACAAUGUCUUUCGAUCCCGUUUAUGACCCUCUUCUUGAGGCAGUCAAGGACGCUACGAACACCGGUAUCCGCGAGGCUGGAAUUGAUGUCCGCAUGAGUGAUAUUGGUGCCGCCAUCCAAGAAACUAUGGAGAGUUACGAGAUUGAGCUGAACGGGACUACGUAUCCUAUCAAACCUAUCCGUAACCUCAACGGCCAUAACAUUGACCAGCACGUUAUCCACGGUGGCAAGAGUGUCCCCAUUGUGAAGGGUUCCGACCAGACUAAGAUGGAGGAAGGCGAAGUUUUCGCCAUUGAGACCUUCGGUAGUACCGGAAAGGGCUACGUGAGAGAGGAUAUGGAAACCUCUCACUAUGCGCUGGUCCCGAAUGCUCCUCAAGUUCCUUUGCGUUUAUCCUCGGCAAAGAACCUUUUGAACGUCAUUAACAAGAACUUUGGCACUCUGCCUUGGUGCCGUCGUUACCUUGACCGACUUGGCCAGGACAAGUACCUUCUCGGUCUGAACAACCUGGUUCAAUCGGGAAUUGUCCAAGAUUAUCCCCCUCUCUGUGAUACGAAGGGCUCGUACACUGCCCAAUAUGAACAUACGAUUGUGCUCCGACCUACCGUGAAAGAGGUUAUUAGCCGUGGAGACGACUAUUAG